CCCAUCUCGGUUGAUGUUGUCGUUUAAGCCAUGUCUUACUUGUUUCGUGCCGUAUUCUUGAGAAUUGCUGCUGUGUGUGUUGCUUCUGCUUCGACAGAGACAGUAUUUAAAACAACGUGUGGAAGCUAUGACUAUAUAAUUGUAGGCGGAGGUACAGCCGGCACUGCCCUUGCAACUCGACUAAGUCAAAGCCUACCAGAUCAUAGUAUAUUGCUUAUUGAAGCCGGUCCAUCUGCGCUAGAAGACCUCAAAAUCAAUGUUCCGGCCUUCCGAGGAUCAACAGUCGGCGGUCCGUUGGAUUGGAAUUUGACCACUCUUCCACAAGCACAAGCAGGUAAUCGUGUGUUUUCUGUCCCGCGUGGAAAGGUACUUGGGGGUAGUUCAGCCCUCAACUUCAUGCUCUGGAAUCGUGCCAGCAUCGCUGAGUAUGAUGCAUGGGGUGAAAUUGGAAAUCCAGGCUGGAACUGGGAGUCAGUCAGUGAAGCCAUGGUUCGUUCCGAGAAUUUCACCAAUUUAAACCUCACUGAAGCUGGCUUCGAUGUUCGAGGGCAUGAAGGGCCAAUCCAUACCACUAUCAGCCGAUAUACACCCGAGACGCAGCAUCUAUGGAGAGCCUCAUUGGAAAGUCUGGGCAUUCCACACAACAUAGAAUCUCUGAGUGGUCACCCACUUGGUGUCGCUUUUCAUCCAGGCAGUAUUGAUACAAUUGAAUGGAAGCGAUCUUAUAGUGCAAACUCGUAUCUUCCCAAGUCCAAAUCGAAUUUGGAGGUUUUGCUGAGCACGAGAGUGGCUCGCGUGGAUCUCGCCAAUUCUGACGGUAAAGAUUUUGUUGCGACCGGGGUUACGCUCGAAGAUGGAACGAAAUUCCAUGCGCAGCGGGAGGUUAUCUUGUCGGCUGGUUCUUUACAAAGCCCAGGGUUGCUUGAGCUAUCAGGUAUAGGGCAAAAAGCAGUCCUUAAAAAAGCUGGUAUCGAACAAGUCAUCGAUCUUGCAGGAGUUGGGGAGAACAUGCAAGACCACAUCAGGGUCCAGCUAGUAUGGCAAGUGAAAGAUGGAUAUGCUGGACUCGACAAGCUCAUCUAUAACUCAACAUUCGCGACAGAGCAACUGACAUUAUGGGGAAACCGCGAGUUCUCUAUAUACGAUGAGAUACCUAACGGUAUUGCCCUUCUGAACUACAACCAGGCAUUUGGAAACGAUACUGCCAACGCACUGCUGGCUGUCGCAACAGAGGAAUAUGGCAAUUCCACGAACACCAUUGACAAGAAGAAACUCGAUCUGCUCGCCGAUGAUUCCGUUCCAAAGGUCGAGGUUGUUUUUCUAGAUGGGUACUUAGGCACCGGAUCUUACCCGACUCCAGACAACCCGGACUACGGAAAUAAUUACGUUACUAUGGUUAUUGCCGUUAUGCAUUCUCUCAGCCGCGGAAAGGUGCACAUUACUUCCGCAAAUGUUUCAGACACUCCAGAUCUUGACCCAGGGUACCUCUCUAGCGAGCACGAUGUUAAGACAUUAAUAAGUAGCGGGAAACUGGCAAGGAAGCUCGCCAAUACCAAGCCCCUUGCUGAUAUCCUCGUUGAAGAGUACCAGCCUGGCAAUGGCAAGGUAAAUACUGAUGAUGAAUGGAAUGAUUUUGUCAGGGAUCAGUCCUUGUCGUUUUAUCAUUUGGCAUCGACUUGUGCAAUGCUCCCGAAAGAAGACGGCGGUGUCGUUGAUUCGCAAUUAAAAGUCUGGGGUACAAAAAAUCUUCGGGUCGUUGAUGCGAGUGUGAUACCGGUCCUCAUUGCAUCUCAUACACAGACUGCGGUUUAUGGAAUUGCGGAAAGAGCAGCAAUACUCAUCACUGAGAGUGCAAUAAUAGCGUGA